AUGGAUGAUUUCACAGAACAGACCCUCUGCGACCAUGAAGCAGACCGUCAAACUCGCGAGGUUUAUCGUUACUUCCAGCCAGCAAAUCCAGCAGCGCUAAAUGCAACUUGGCCCCCUGUGGAACAUUCGGCAACUUCAAUCGACAUAUCUUCAAUAGCAAAUUCUACAAAUUUUGUUGAUUCAGUUGUGGAUGAAGAGGAGGUUCCUGGGACGACCUCGAUUGAUGACAGCCCUCUGUACAGCCCAAAUACGACUUUGACAUCUCUUGCACAGCUAGCAGCUCUGCGCCUGAAUGCGCAACGUGCUAUAAUCACAAUCUUGAACCGCGACUCUCAGUUCGUAUUAGCUGAAGCCACGAGAACGACCAACGUGGGAAGCUCGACAUUAUUUGGUGACACGGGAGACAACCUCUUUGCUGGAACAUCCACACUAUCAAGUACUUGGAAUAUUUGUCAGGAAACAGUCAAUCUGCGGUCGGAUGAACAACAUGAUGGAACAUAUUCUUUUCUGAUCGUCAAUGACCUUGAACGUGAGGAGCGCUUCCGGAAACUGCCCUUCGUACAAGACCAGCCACACUCCCGUUUUUAUGCCGGCACGCCUCUGACGAGCGAUAGCAACAUCAAUCUGGGAUGCUUGUUUAUACUGGAUCCUGAACCCCGUGAAGGGCUGGAUGAUGCCGAAAAGGAUAUUCUUGGGACCGUGGCAGCGACUGUCAUGGAAUAUUUGCAGAUGAGUCGCCAGGCCGUCGAAGGACGGCGCGCCUUGCGAUUAUCGCAGGGCCUCCGUCUUUUUGUGGACGGAAAUUCCAGUUUCGCCCAGAAUGUUCCCGUCUCGCGCUCGAACAGCUCAAGCUACAGCUCGGAUGCAUCGCCGUAUCGUACCACCAGUCGAUCUACGAGCUCUCUAACCAGGGGAUCUAAUCCCCACGCAACAGAGUUUGACAGCGAUAAUGCGCCUCUUAAAGAUGGCGACCUACGAUCUUCGAGUCGACUUUCGGCUGAGGAGUCGGACACUGGCAUAUCGGCUAGCCCAGCUCCAUCAUCGCAAAGCUCGAGACAAGGCGACAACGGAUCGAUGGUGUCGAGCAACGCCGAUUGGCUUUUUCAGCGGGCUGCGAACCUCUUACGACAAGGUUUGGACCUUGACGGUGCCGGCGGUGUGAUGCUCUUGGAGACUGACGAUGGCUCGCCCGACGGCAGCCCCCAUAGCCAUUCCUCUUUCGCUGAUAAGAAUACCCCUGGGCCGGUUCUUGCUCUGUCGACUAGAGAGGAUCCGUUCUCAUAUCGGACGGACUCUGAGAUAUCGCAUCCAGCUGUCAAACUCGACAAUGCUUUUCUAAAUCAAUUAUCUCGCCGCUAUCCCAAAGGUCGACUCUGGUCAUUUCAUCGUGACGGGACUCUGUCUACUUCAGAUGAAGAGCAAUCAGUCGGGGCCACUCGGAAAUAUAAUGAAGCAUCUAGGACCUUAGAAGCCAACAAACUGAAGGGUUACUUCCCCGACGCCAGUCAAGCUGUUUCUCCUGGACCCCCCCAGUCGACACGAGUUUUCAGUCGGGCCGUUGAUCUGAGCUCAAUGUUUGGCUUCGCUUCUUCCGUGAUGACCGAAUACAGCCGUAUGGAAUCAGCGGUCGCAGACCGCCAAAAGGGUGAUUUUAUAAGCAGCAUAUCCCAUGAACUGCGCAGCCCAUUACAUGGCGUUUUAGCAGCCGUCGAAUUCUUGGGGUCUACUCAAUUGGACGAAUUUCAAGACUCUCUUCUCGAGACAGUGAAUGCAUGUGGUCGGACUCUCUUGGAUACGAUGAACCAGGUUUUGGAUUUCAGCAAAAUAUUGUCCUUGGAAAGGCAGAAGAAGAGGCACAAACGCAGAAAGGAUCCCUGGAGGCUAAAAGCCCCAGAUCGGCUGCCAGCGCGGAUGGAUCCAUUUAUUUCAACCAACGUUGCGAUUUUGACAGAGGAAGUUGUGGAUAGUGUGUGCUUGGGGCAUUCCAACAUCCAAAAAUCAACAACGACAACAAACCAUCCCAUUGGCGAGUCACAUACUGCAUCAUUCACCUCAUCUACAUCACCCACAAAGAACAUCCAAGCUUGCACCAAUUCAGGUGUGGAGGUCAUUGUCAAUAUUAGUGAUAAUGACUGGUUUUACAAUGUCCAGCCCGGCUCAAUGAGGCGUUUAAUCAUGAAUCUCCUCGGAAACUCACUGAAAUAUACCAAAAGGGGCCAGAUAUCUGUUUCAAUCCAGGCGACCGAUAACUCAAAGGGCCGCUCUCGGCGCCAAGGCCUUGAGGACGUAGUGACGUUGACCGUUUCAGAUACAGGUAAGGGCAUCUCAAAUGAGUUUCUUCAGACACGUCUAUACACCCCAUUCGCGCAGGAAGACACACUUUCAGUAGGCACUGGCCUCGGUCUAUCCAUUGUUCGCGAAAUUGUGAGAACGCUCAAUGGAAACAUCAGAAUAAGAAGUCGAGUCGGCGAAGGCACCACUGUCAAGGUGACAAUUCCCCCUCGAGCGUCCAGUAGGGGAAAAAAGCCGGUCAUCGACGCCUGGUGUGGAGAAGCCGGAACAGGAGCCAAUUACAGCGCCCUCUCAACUGCGUCAGCUGGACUUGACCGAGAAGAGUGCGGCCAUAUGGGGGAUAGAUCUUUCCCAUCUUCGCGAGUAUUCUUUCUGGUCUUCAAUUGCCCACUAUAUUACAGACUGGUAUGGCUUGAGGCUAGUGCCCUGGUCCGCCAAUGA